AUGAAGCUGGCCAUCAUCAUCCUCGGUCUGGAACUGGCGGUGCUCUGCGUGGCUCUGGACAACACCAUCAUCGCCACGGCCAUCCCUCGGAUCACCGACCAGUUCCAUGCCCUCGACGACGUGGGUUGGUAUGGCUCUGCCUACCUCCUUACCCUGGCCGCCUUCCAGCUCUUCUUCGGCCGCAUGUACACCUAUUUCAACGUGAAAUGGAUCUUCCUCCUCACGCUGUUCAUCUUCGAGCUGGGCUCUCUGAUCUGUGGUGUCGCCCCGAAUUCGACCGCCCUGAUCGUCGGCCGUGCCAUUGCCGGACUGGGCUCGGCCGGUCUCUUCUCGGGGGCGCUGAUUAUCCUGGCCUUUAGCACGCCGCUGGAGAAGCGCCCCCUGUAUACCUCGAUGAUUACCGCCGUGUAUGGCAUUGCCAGCGUGGUGGGUCCUCUUCUCGGAGGAGUCUUUACCGACCAAGUGACCUGGCGCUGGUGCUUCUACAUCAACCUGCCGCUGGGAGGUGUCACGGCCGCUGCUCUGGUGCUCUUCCUGCACCUCCCCGCGCGUCCCCCGGACACGACCGUGCGGACCUGGACGGAGAGUAUCAUGCGCUUCGACCCGUUUGGCACCCUGAUCUUCGUGCCGUGUAUCGUGUGCGUCCUGCUGGCGCUCCAAUGGGGCGGCACGACCUACGCCUGGAGCAGCGGCCGGAUCAUCGCCCUGUUCGUGGUGUUUGGGGUUCUGCUCCUCGCCUUCAUUGGCAUUCAGAUCUGGGCGGGUGAGAACGCGACACUGCCGGUGCGCAUUGCCCGGCAACGCAGUGUCGCCGCGGGGGCCUUCUUCUCCCUCUGCGUGGGAUCGUCCUUCUUCAUCAUGGUCUACUACGUGCCGAUCUGGUUCCAGGCCAUCCGCGAUGCGUCCGCCAUGCAUUCAGGCAUCAACACACUCCCGAUGAUGAUCGCCGUCGUCAUCGCCAGCCUGUCGGCCGGUCUCAUCGUGACCCACUGGGGAUACUACAACCCGUUCAUGUAUGGGCUGGUGGUGUUUGGGUCGGUCGGCGCGGGGCUGAUGUAUACCUGGACGGUGGAUACGUCGACGGGCAAGUGGAUUGGGUACCAGAUCCCCUUUGGGGCGGGCAUCGGCAUGGGCAUGCAGCAGAGUCUGGUGGCCGUGCAGUCAGUGCUCCCCCUGGCGGAUGUGCCGGUGGGUACGUCCAUCAUCAUGUUCGCGCAGAUGUUUGGCGGCUCGCUGUUCGUGUCGGUGGCGGAGAACACCUUCACCAACCAUCUGUCGUCGGGGCUGGCAAGCAUCCCGGGAGUCAAUGCCACGGCGGUGGUGGAUCAAGGUGCCACGCAGAUCACCGAGCUGAUCACGGACCCGACUGUGCUGCGGGAGGUGCGGACGGUAUACAACAGCGCGCUCAUGAAGACCUUCCUGACGGCGCUCAUCAUGAACUGUUUGUGUUUGAUCGGCGCCGCUGGGAUGGAAUGGCGGAAUGUGCAUGGCCCUAAAAAGGAGAGCCCGAGUGAGAGCCCAACUGAGACGGACCCGAUGUAG